GUUGUUAUGAGUCUUAAAAUGGCGUUCUGUUGGCGGUCGGAUACGAUGUUAAGCGUUGGUGAGCGUCUUCGCCCAAAAUGACUGCCUAGUUUUUUUCUAUAGUGUAGUGCUGUGUGUAGUUCAGGUGCGACGUAUUACAGAUGAGUCAGUGUGAAAAAGUGGCACAGAACGUUAUGUUACCAGAUAUGCAAAAUGCUCAGAACCGUCUAACUAACGAUACUGAAGUCAGUGUCUUGACGGAGAAUCUGUUUAGAUACACAAAAAGUACACUGCAAUUUGUAAGAAAUGGAUACACCGUAUGACUAGUCGAAGACGACCGACUUCUUCACACAGAGAAAUUGGCCUUGGUCCUUACACCAGAAGACUCUACAAGCGCGGCACGCGCAUAUUCUACUGUUAGAAUUUGGCGCACACUUGAUGGAUAAGGCAAUAGCAAUGGCAGGUGGGGGAGGUGCGCCGCCGAGCGGCGCUGGGGGUCCAGCAACCAUUCCUCUCGGUCGACUGAUCGAUUUCGUUCUGCAGAAGACCUACCACGAAUUGACUGUGUUAGCAGAACUGCUACCCCGCAAAUCGGAUAUGGAACGUAAAAUCGAGAUUACGACUUUUACAAACACAACGCGACAGCUUUUUGUGCGUCUUCUAGCAUUAGUGAAAUGGGCAGCCAGUGCAGGAAAAGUGGAGAAAUGCGCAUCCAUGGUCAAUUUUUUAGACAAGCAGAGUCUGCUGUUCAUUGAGGCCGCAGACAUGUUUGCACUGCUUGCCAGAGAUACCCUCGUACAGGCACGAUUACCUAGUUUCCAUAUUCCAUGCGCUGCCGAGAUCUUGACUACAGGGACGUACUCGCGUUUGCCAACAUGUAUACGUGACAAAAUUGUGCCACCCGAUCCGAUCUCUACAGAAGACAAGCGCUCAACGCUUGAACGUCUCAAUCGUAUUAUUCAGUAUCGCCUCGUUUCUUCAGAGCUUCCUACGCAAAUGAGCUCAUUAGAUAUUAAACGCGGACGCGUCAUAUUUCGUGUUGACAACGAGUUUGAAGUUAGCCUAACACUGAUGGGGGACGGACCGCAAGUGCCGUGGAGGCUACUGUCUAUCAACAUCCUCGUCGAAGAUAAGGACACCGGUGAUUGUCGAGCAUUGGUUCAUCCUUUGCAAGUAAACUAUAUCCAUCAGCUGGUGCAGUCACGCCUAGUGGAUCAUUCGAAACCACUCCACGAACUAUUUGAAUGUCUUCAUUUCUUCUGCCUCAGUUUGCAACUCGAAGUGUUACAUUCACAAAUUUUGCGUCUGUGUCGCGAACGAUUAGGUGAUUCCGUUCGUAUUGAAGAGUACGUGCCAGGUAGCUCCCUCCGGUUACAUUUCUGGCGUGAGCAUAUCUCUUUGCUCGACCACCGGCCGUUCGUACUCAUGGUGCAUGUUGACGCAGAGCAGCCGUGUAAGCCUUUGCAGGUGUCGCACUCGCCGGAAAUUACCGAAAAAGCGGAGCAGGUUUGGGUCGAACCGUGUAUUCGAUCAGAGUUCCUUUCGAUCGAGAAAUUGCUCAUUCAAACGAUACACAUUCGAUCACGUCAAAAGCUCGCUUAUUUGAAGGACACUUAUCUGAAGGAAUUGCUGCCAGCAGAUGUUGAAUGCACCCUUUCGGGAAGUCCACCGUUGUUGCAAUUACCUGUAGUGCAUCCCUGUCCUUCGUCAGAGCAUCUUGUUCUAACUGUGGACACACAUACCGGGUAUAUAAUGGCGUUUGUGCCACAGUACGAGCCGCCUAUGGUUACCGAAUUGCAGGACACUAUCAACAACCUUGUUAAGGAGGCGCAACCUGCACUUAGAGCUCGCCUAACUUCAGCGAUCCUCAGUCUUAAAUUUUGGAUGACGUUAAAGCGGUGCAAAAAAACCGUACAACAUUUACCAGUUCUGGCCAUGGACACAAACCCCUUUGUACAGGCACCGGAGGAGCACCGUAUCAAUCUACUGGGCAAGUACUCGCUGUUCGUCAAACUUUGCAAACAUGCCCACUACUACGUCAUCAUCGACCUCCAAGCCGAGAAACCGUCAGAUAGCAUUGAGUUCCACUAUUACCUCAUGAGCGUCACAAGUGACAAUCGUCUGAGUAGCUUCUACGAACUGGACGCCCAUUCAAUCGUACACGGUCCGUGCACUGAUGUAGAUAUCAUGACGUCAUCAACUUCAGUUAUAGGCUUGUCGAGUUCGAUUCAUAACAGUUCAUCAAAUGCACUUAAGCGACCUUUGAAUUCACAGGAGAAGACUGUUUUAAUGAAGAAGCCGAGGUACUCAGGUUAUUUUUUCAGCGAUGUCGCACAUAUUGUAGCCUUCUGCGAUGAUCGCUUACCGUUUUGUUCUCUCACUCGCGAACUAGAAUCGCGAGGCAUCUGUCAUCGAGGUUUGCAGAUAGAAGGUGCUCAAACGAAUUUUUGCGUGAACAUCGUACAAAUGCCGCCAACCAAAGAAAAUGGACUGUCGGAGGAGGUUGCUGAGGAGCUUCGUCAUUCCCUUUUAAGUUGUACCUUUCGUCUUCAGGUCAAGGGUAUUAAGGCGUGGCUAUGCGAGCUGGUUUUUCACGACUGCCCGUUAACUACAAGCAACGUUCGCGAACGAGGUGCCACCAGACCUGUCUAUUUUAUGUACGAUUUUUCCCAGAAUAAUAUGGCGGCCGUUGUUGACGAAUGGUUGGCUGAUUGGGCUGUUGUGUGCAAACUCUAUGGAGUAGUGGCAAGGUACGCAAGUGAUAUGAAGAAACCGAAGCAUGCCGCAUUACUCGAGAUGUCUGAGGUACGAUCAUAUACUUACACAAGGUUAACACUGGCAUACGGACCUGAAAAAAACGAUACGGUUACCAUUUCGUGGCGGGCAGUCGAGCGGCGUUUUCAACUCGUUUUUGGCGUAGUGGGCCCAUCGGCUAGCGCGACAAAUCCGCAUGCCACUAUCGCACAUCAAUUAUCAUAUGAUUUCAACCAGCAUGAAAGUGUCAUCCAGUUGCUACAAGCCCUUCGAGAUACGUACCGGCCACUGUUGUCACUUUCACGUCUACCAUCGACUCCGCAGCUGGGUGUCAUAAACUCGCGGCCAACGGUCCCUGUCCAAACCUUCGUGAUUAUCCCCCAAUCAUCGACUUGCUUCAAGCUGAUUUACCGGGGGAAUUAUUGCCUGGAGGUGCAGUGUCGCAAGGGCGACGGGUGCGUUAUCAUCCGUGACGGUGCGUUCAGCCAUUUCGACAAGGGCCGGCACGUCGAGGAGUUUGUGCCGAUACCGGGACUGCGGGCCUUCCUGGGCAAAUUUACGGGCGGAUGCGAGGCGCCUCACGAUCCGGACAACCCCGUUUCACCGUUGGCAUUAGAAAGUGUCGACGCAUUUUUAUCUCCAUCACAGGCAAAAGGCGCUGCCAGCUCGCCUGCGAGUAAUCGCUCAGCAACUACAGACAACGCCCUUCGUUUCCCACAGCACCAUCCAAUGACACCUCCAUCGAAUCCACAUACCCCUGCUUCGCCUCAUCCGUCAAUGCUGCACUCAAAUUAUACCGCCUCGCCCAAUCCGUCCUUUGUACAUACUCCGUCCAACAUACCGCCCAGUAGUCCACUGGCGCCUCCACCAUCAUCGCCAUACCCCGUAAAUUCACCACAUAUGACAUCACCGUCACCGUCACCCGCACAGCAGCCGCCCUCGCAACAGAGUUUUGCCACAGCCACUGCUGCAAACGAUCCCACCUCACCAGCAUUCCCAUUGUUGUCUGCUUCCCCUGCCAAUACAUGGCCAUCAUCCCCGGCUCCACCUCGUCCGUCACCACGACCAUUUCAACCGUCGCCGGGGGGACCAUCACCUGCACAGCCGCCGAGUGUUGAGGUGCGCCAACCACCUGUGAUGUCCCGCAUGGCACCCCCACAUCCAGGAAAUUGGGCAGCAGCUAUGCCGAUUGUACUUACACAUGAGAAGCUAGAUCAGUUAUGUACUCCUACUGCACCAGGCCUUUCACCGAUAGAGCGUUUCCUAGGUUGUGCAUUCAUGCGCAACUUCAUUCAACGUCACGUAGAAACCGCACAGGGAAGAGCACCAAUAGGGUUAAUUCCCGACUCUGGCAUUGUGACAUUCCGGCUCGAGCCCCUUGUCUAUCGGGUGUCCCUGAAUCCAGCAACAAUGCAAUCGCUACACGUGAAAAUCUCACCUGUUGAUCCCAACAAAGAACAGCUAUUUACAGUUGAUGAAAUUCAAGUUGUGGAACGCUACUUCGACGCGAAAGUUGCAUCCAUUCCCUACAAGCCUAACGCGUUUAUAUCAUUCUAUCGGUUGAUGGGCUGCACGCAGCGAAUUCUUCGCGACUUCAUUCAGCUCAUGAGACUUGAGUUAUGUCCUCCACAAACGCCAAUGUUCCGCUGGAACUUCCAACUAUGUCUCACAAUUCCACCAGCCGUGCCGCAAAUCGUUCCGCCUGGCAUGACUUCAAUGGUAAUCCAGAGUAAUAAGAUGCUCUUUUUUAUGCAGUUGUCGCCGACACGUUCUCAGAGCGACCCUCCAAGCGGCCAAAUAAGUUUACCGGGUCAACCGACAAUAGUUGUACCGUUAGUAUACGAUUUUCAGAUGAAUUCAAUAAGCAUUGCUAAUCGUCGAAGCAAUGGAGAAUUGAGUGGACAGACUCUUCAAGCAAUGAAUAUAAUAGCGCAAAUUCUCAGACAAGGCCCUGAAUAUCAGAACAAUGGUGAAUGCACUAUUUUCGCCUCAAUACGUGACGUGCUUACGCAGCUCAUUGUUAGUUAGCGGAUGUGUAACAGCUAAGGUUAAUAAAGAAUAAUAAUUAAAACUGUAUUGCCGGAUCAAAGUGGUUACAGGUCCAUAUGUACAACAAGCCGCACACUUUGUUCAUAUUAGUUCACAUAUAUAAUGGAUUGCUCAGUGAUUCACACUGGCAAUAAAAAAGAUUAAAUGAAAUACUAAUGUCAUAGUAUGACAGCAUAUCAAAAUAAAUAGAAGUGAGAAUAACUGCUCGGAUUACGAAGGUCGAUUCUCAGUAAUAAGAGUAUCACAAAAUUAUCGAUAGAUUCUGUGUAAGAAGAAGUGGCUGGUUUGCCCCGGUUUCGAUUGAACUUUAAAGGAACUCAGCUACAUAAGUAUAUGUAGCUCGUGCAUGAUGCGAAAGGAUCGGAGUGCUCGUUAUUUGCUCGGCAAACUUUGUCGUUUUUGUGUUCACGGUGUUCUUCCUUCUUUGUGUGAAUAUAACUCCUCUUCGUAAGAAAAAAAUGUAUACAAGAAAAAUGAAUUGAUAAAUUACUAACGAAGCACACUUUGUUGUAUUUUCUAUUUGCCUAACUAUUAUAUAUAUGCUUCAAAGAACAAAACUGUGCCUCUUUUACAAAGGUAGAUUAGCCAGCUGGUCACUACUACACGUUUUGUGUACUAUUGGAUUAUACUAAACUA